UUUUAACUGGUUACGUUAAUCUCGUUUACAAUUAUCUAUCAAUUAUAUUCAUUACCACAUAAUUACACUAUACAAGAUAGAUGUGUUCACAAUGCAUUUGUUAAAAAUAAUGUCUAUAAAUUUUUUACUAUUCACUAUGAAAAGAUGAGCGAAUUAGAAAAGUAGUAUUGAAAGAAGAAAUAAAAAUCAACUUUCAAUAUUAAAUUCAAGUUAAAAUUAAAUUUUACUUGUUUUAUUUAUAAAUAAUUGGGUAUAAAGUUUAUAAUUUUCUUUAUUCGUUUACAAUUCUUAUCAAUUAACACAAGUUUUUAUAAUUUUUAAUUUAUAUACAUAAUUUCAUAGUUUAUGACGUAUAUAUAUAUUUAUAUAUAAAUGUGUGUGUAUAUAUAUACAUAUAUAUAUAAUAUAUAUAUAAUAUUAUAUAUACAUCGUACAUAUUAUCCACAUACACACAUAUAUGGGAGUUAUAUAUAGCAUAUUAGCUAAUUCAUUUGUAUCAAACAAUUUGAUUGGGUAAAUUUUUAACCAAUCAAAUGUAGCUAAUACAACUUUCGAAUUAAUCGAUAGUAUAGCUGUUUAGGUGUGAGAUAUAAGCACGUGCUCAUAACCUAUAAUAUUUUGGGAAUAAUAUAAAAAAUGAGCAAUAAUUGUUUGAAAACAAAAUAGUAAAAAUACUAUCAUCAUUCUAUGCGUAUAAAUUUGUAUAAAAUAUAUAAAAGAAUAUACUAUUUUCUAUAAAUACAAAAUUCAUUUGUAUAUUUUGUGAAGAAAUGCAACAAGAGCCGUGGAAACUGAAGUUAAAGGAGCGAGCGGAAAGAACUCUUCAUGUUCGUUAUACACGUAAAAUAAAAAACAUGGAAGAAGUAGCAGAUUUGUUUACUGGUGAUUUUACUGUCAAAUUACCACGACAGCCCAGUAAAAAUUGUCAUGUAGAGUUUUCUACCGUUGAAGAAGCAUUACAAAAUAAAAGAGCUCUCAAAGGUAAAAUUGUCUAUGGAAAACCUAUUGUAAUUCGAAGAGCUCUUUUAAAUACAUUAAGUGGCAAAAAAUUUAGAAGAAAAGGAAAAAAGGUUAAAAUACCUGACGUGGAACCAGAUGUAAAGUUUACACAAUCAAUAUUUGUCGGGAAUCUUAAAUGUUUCACAAAGGCUAAUGAGAUAAAAGGCAUUUUACCUGGAUGUAUAUCUGUUGCUCUGUUAAAACCAUAUACAAAUACUUUAAGGAGCGCAAUUAUUAAAAUGGAAAGUGUAGAACUUGCAGCAGAAUACCUACUGAAAAAACGUGAGUGGCCAUGUUUACAUGGAAACAGAUUAAUAUUGAAGCCCGAUACACGUAUGAAACAUAAAAAUAAAAAACGUGUUAGAAUUGAUAAUGCCGAGGCUACAGAUAGUUUAAAAAAUAAAAUUUCUACAGUGGAGACAGAGAACAAUAUUUCAUCAUAUUAAAAAGUACCAAAUGGUAUUGAUACAUAAAUAAACUGUGUAUAAUAUUUUUGUUGUACGUUAGCAUUUUUAUAAAAAUAUUAAAAAUAGUCGUAAAUGAUA